AUGAUGCUCAACACAACUGGUAACACAACACUUAUGGGAUCCAGUCCUCUCCCUAGCACAUUGUUCCGAGUGAUGUUUUGGUGUAGUCUUGGAGUAGUCGAAGCAUUUUCGUUGCUAGGCAACGCUAUUAUCAUCUACAUCAUCACCACACACAAGAACUUGCAUACCAGUACGAACUGGUUUCUGCUCUCUCUGGCAAUCUCUGAUCUUGGCGUACCAUUAUUUAUCAUUCCAUCACAUCUACUCUGCACAGAGACAGAAUUAUCAUGCAAUAUUGGAGUUACAAAUGCGUUGUAUAACUUUAUCUUAUUCGCGUCGGUUCUGAACCUCUGUGCGUGUACAACUGAACGAUAUAUCGCCAUUUUACAUCCAUUCAAGUAUAUUCACCUUGUCAAUCAAAAACGGGUUGUCGCUGUUCUCAUUAAAGUGUGGUCGCUACCACUACCCAUGUCGAUCCUACCAGUGAUACUAAUUCCGAAUCCUAAACCUGGCGAAUCGGUACUGGUGAACCGUAUUUACUGGUUAACCCAAGUUGCGUUAUUCAUGAUAAUCCCCAGUGCUGUGAUGUUAGCUGCUUUCUGGCGUAUACACAGAGUAGCCACUUGGCAUGCCAAUCAGAUCCGAAGGCUCAGUUUAGUCCCUGAAGAAGACGCGCAUGGCGGGCGCCAGAAAUUGGUCUCUGAAGCCAAAUCGACUUUAAAAGUCUAUGGAGUUGUUGUUUUAGUGUUCACACUUGGAUGGUUACUGUCCGCAUACAGAAUGAUUAAAAAGAACUUCCUGCUUCAUCAUGUUCCAAUCGAAGUGGAUUAUAUAUCAAGAUUUUUGUUGGUGUCCAACGCGUCUAUAAAUCCCUACAUUUACGGCUUGCAGAAAUCGGAUAUUAAAAAAGAGUUUUUGACAGUUUUGAGAAAGAGGCACACGCCUCAGCCACCUUCUAGUGCAAGUAAUGUUAACAGUGGUCAUGACGUUUUACGCAACGACACAGACACUGUAUGA